AUGGCGAUGGAAAUCAGUGAAGGAACCUGGCUUUGUGAAAUCGCAUUGUGGACACAAUGGUGGCAUCGGGGGCAGCUUGCUGCUCAAGGUGCAGCGCUUUACACCUAUGUGGACGUCGCAAAGUUUUUGCGGCUGGUGAUCGAGACCGGUGGCUACAGUUACAUGUACCUGCGCACAGUUGGCAUUCUCAUGGCCGCGGCCAUGGAGAAUAUGAUGAAUGAUGAUGAGGAGAACGACCUCUCCAUCAACAAG